CGGUGAGUAACCGGAAUGCGCACGGGGAGAGUAAAUGAACAAAAAGAAAGAGAGAGACAAGAGGAGGAGGAGUGUGUGUGUGUGUGUGUGUGUGUGUGUUAUGCAGGGAGGGAUUGCCUACACCCAUACAGUGUGUGUGUGUGCGUGUGUAUGUGCAGACGUAUGUAUGAGAGAGACAGAGCGACGGGGGUGAGACUGGAGAGAAAGAGGAGAUAUGAGAGCUUCCUUUCACUAAAAACACUCCUUCAUUCCGCCGCUGAAGAUGGAACAACUGGAACAUCUGGAACAUCUGGAUCGCAACGCGCCCACGUACCCAUGAGCAAUUAGGAGCGUGCGAGCGAUUAUUAUUAUCUUUGAGGAUCCGGACAUCUUUUUGUCUAGAUUUUCUUUUAUUUAUUUUUUUAAAGCUAUUUUCCUCAUCAAUCUUUUAAAAGUGUAGCACGUCGUUUGUUUUUUGUCUGUUGGAUUAUGUGAAGGUGGGCUGCUGGAUCUCGAGGACGAAGUGCGUCAAGUGAGCGCUCCACGUAUAUCCAACAAGUGGAUGCAUGGAUUUUGUUGCUCGCAGCGGGGACUAAAAAAAAAAAAACACAAAGUGGAUUGAUCGCCAACAAAAUAUCGAUUGAUCGGUGUAUAUAAAAAGCUCCAGAUGUGGUGGAGCUUGUCCUGGUUGAUGGUGAUGUAUAGAUGUGCGCAUUGUCUCGGCCUGAGGUAGUUUUUUGACAGACUUUGUGCGUUUUUUUCAAGCAGAUAAUAAAACUGCAAUGAGGUAGGACACGACACAUUUUUUUUUUUUCCUUUUGCUCUUCAGUCAUUUGACCAAAAAGCAAAGAUUUUGCUGCGGUAUCCUCCGUCUCCCACCUCGCCCUCCCUCUCCCACCUCCGUCCAUGGACUCGCUUCAGUAGUUGGGAUCUUCUCUGUAGACAUUUCUGUAUGACGAAGAGGGCGCAGGUGGCACCAAAAGGUCGCAGCCAUGCCGAUGCAUCCAUGCACCUCCACGCUGAUGUACCGGGGCAUCUGCACCAUCCCGGACAUGCUCUACACCACCCCGGUGAAUCUACCCGAAGACGAAGUUGAAGAGAUCCGCGAGGCCUUCAAAGUGUUUGACCGCGACGGGAAUGGGUUCAUCUCGAAGCAGGAGCUGGGAAUGGCCAUGCGCUCCCUGGGCUACAUGCCAAACGAGGUGGAGCUGGAAGUCAUCAUUCAGAGACUGGACAUGGACGGCGACGGCCAGGUGGACUUUGAGGAGUUUGUCACUCUUCUGGGCCCAAAGCUGACGGCAGCUGCGUUGCCAGAUAAGUUCAACGGCACCGACUUUGACUCCGUCUUUUGGAAGUGUGACAUGCAGAAGUUAACGGUGGAAGAGCUGAAGAGGCUCCUCUACGACACCUUCUGUGAUCACCUUUCCAUGAAAGACAUCGAGAACAUCAUCAUGACGGAGGAAAACCACAUAGCGAACCCUGGGGAAUGCCAGGUGGAUAUAGACUCUUCCAGCCCGACACAGCAAGUCAAGCAAACUUGUGUGCGCAAGAGCCUGAUAUGCGCCUUCGCCAUCGCUUUCAUCAUCAGCGUCAUGCUCAUCGCGGCCAAUCAGGUGCUGCGGAGCGGCAUGAAAUAGGAGCAGCGGCGUCUUCAGCCUUGACCACCACCUAAAGGCUGCCUCACAGAUAAAUGACUGAAGAGAUGAAGCUAAAAAAAACAAAACAUAUAACUGACAAUCACGCAAACAGGCCGACAUACAGGAUAAUAACUGGAGUCACAGGACAACUACAUGUGCAGGAAUUCGUCUUGGCGUCAGAGACAUGCUGACUUCGCAUACAAAGAGACGGCGCUUAAAGUGGACAGCUGACUAUACAUAUCACUCUUCGUACUACAACAUCUAGUAUUCAUUAGCAUAUGUGCAUUUGAGCAGUGUUGCAUUCAGUAUGGUGGCAGCUAUAAAGAGAAGUGUAGUGACUGUCCAGUUCUGUAUUCGUCCAGUGUACCAUCCGUUUAUUAUAAACGAGUAGAAAGAAAAAUCUGUGAAAUAUCGUGGGGACUUUUGGAGAAAAUGUAUUCCUGAAGCUGGAAGGUUGUUGUUGUGUUCGAGGUCUGGAGUGCACGGCGUUGUGGAGAUAUUGUAUGCGGAGCAACAUUGUUGGGAACCACUUGAGAGAAACAACAGCUUGGUAAGAAACCAAAAUAAUAGGGGAAGAGCAGGGAGGUGCAUGUGAUUGUGUGGAUAGUUUCAGUCUGAGCAGGGUGAAGCAGGUUAACAGCUCGCAGGGGGAAGGUGUUGAACGGACAGGUAACUGGCUGGACGUGCAGUAAACACUCCACUCUCUCCGGCUCCACUGCGGGGCUUUUUCAAGCCUCAGAGGACCACCAUCUAUGCAUGAAAUGCAUGGAUUUAGUCGUCUUGACGCAUUUGUAACAGUUCUUAUCAAUGUAUUAAUCAUUAUGACUGUGUAACAGCUGUUUUCAAUUACUCAACGACAACUGUGAGCAACUGUGUGCGGUGCGGGGCAUCCACAACAAAAGUAAAGUGUACGGCUGCAUGAAAAAGAAGGGCUGCUUUAGUACAUGCUCGUAAAAAAAAAACAUUUCGGGAUUGCUAAGCUGUGGACCCUUUGCAUCGCCGGGCGCCUAAUGACCAUCGCCGCCGACCCCCCCCUGCCACCGAAGAGCAAAAGAUGUGUGUCACUCAACCAUUUAAAGAAUAUGCAUCGAUCUGUUUGAUAGUGCGGAUGCAAAUGUGCAGGAAUGUACUUUGUUCUUUUUAUUUUUUUUUGUUGUUUUCCGUCUGGAUGCGUUGCUAUAGAGCAAUAACUGUGUGUAAAAUAGACAUCUCACAAUGCUUUGGACAGACAUGGAUCUUGAAAGACGUUGGACCUAUUAACUGUUGAGGUCGAAAAAGUUUUGAGGGUUUUUGGCAAUAGAGCAAGAGACUCUGAGGGGACAACCCUCUUACUCAGUGAAAUGCAGACAGAUGAGUGGAGCUGAAGCUGCCCAGUGCAUCGGAGACUGACGGGGGGCCAAAUGGUGUAAACUGUUGCAAUAAAACAUAACUAUCUGUGAAGCACCACAUGAAUUUGACUGGGUGCAGUUGAGGUUGUGCAUGCAUCUGGGUUAGGUCUGUCAUCAUCAAUGUGUAUUGUACAUAACUUCAACCAAAGCUUCAGAGGGAUCUGUGACAACAGAACUGGGCCACACGACGACGACGAGAGCGGGCUCAGUGAACAACUGAUGAAAUCAACGUUUUGAAUUAUUGAGAAGAAACCAGAAAUCACGCACAAGUCCCACUGUCACUUGUUCUCAUUAUGUUCUAAUCAGCAGACCUUCAUCAGGAAACCUGGGAAAAAAAAACUUUUGUUUUAAAACCAAAUUAGAAUUUUAGACCGGGCCAAGACGUGUUUGGAAAGUAAAAAAAAAAAAAAAGCCCUUCAAAAUGCCCUCAUAAACAAGACACUGCAUUAUAGAGAUCUAAAUAAUUCACAUCUUAUGAAUAUCCCAUUUUAAGAUCUCUAUUGGCAGCUCCCCAAACUUGGAUCUCACACAAGAGCCAGAGCCUCACAGAGGCAUUAAAUUAGACUACCCUAUCGCCCAGAGCCAGGACGGGAUAACGAUUAUCUGAUGCACCCGGUCAAUUUGUCACAGGUGUCAACUCUGUGGGGAACUGAGAAAAAAAAGCCCAUUUAUUAACAGAUACCUUUUUUCCAUUUUUGCACUUUAAGAUGUGCUGCAGCGCACAACAACAACAACUCACCGCCAUGAUUGUUCAUCCAACUCCUGAAUCGUUAUGUAUAGUUUAGGCAUAAAUAAUUACUUUGCCAUAGAUGUAUCUAUUUUUGUGAUAAGAAUAUGAUGGAAUAGAAUAUUAACUGACUGGCAAAUUAUACCGUCUCAUUCGUUUUCUAUUAUAUCAUUCCCGAGGGGAACAUUUUCACGGGGAAUAAAGUUAUAAUAUUAAUAAUUUGAUUUGUUUCCCUUAUUCUUUGAGACACUUUGUGCAUAAAAUACACCAAUCAUGGGUUUAUUAUUUAUCACCAGAGCAAAAUGUACAAACCAAUAUUUAUUUUUCUUUCUACCGAUGAAAAAAAUCUGUAUGAACAUGUUGAUAGUCUACUGAAUGUUCUAUUUCCAUUGUACUGUACUUUGAUACUUGUCUUUGGAUCUUGCAAAAAUGUUUAUUGACCAUGUGAUAUCUGUUCCAUCAACUCCACCCGAUGUUCUUAUUCUAUGUCUGUGGAAUGGUAUUUCACAUGAAUAAAAUAACGACCAUGUUA